GUUUCCGGGGCUCGGGCUCGUGCUGCCUUCCAGGCGAGGAAGCACUGAAGCAAGUGGGUGUCGAGAGGCGGAGCAAGGGAAGCAGGGGGCGUGUUCGCGGCCGGCUUUGGGAAGGCCCCAAGUUAAUGAGGCGUGCGCCGGCAGCCGAGCGCCUCUCGGAGCUGGGCUUUCCCCCGCGGUGCGGGUGCCAGGAGCCGCCUUUUCCGCUGGGUGUCACUCGGGGGUGGGGAGGAUGGCCCAUUCAAAAGCGCCGCGAGGGGGCCCGGCCAGUGCCCUUCAGUGAGCGCUCGCAAGAGGACGGCAAAAGCCAGGCAGCUCGCAGCUCCAGGACCUUGUGGCGUAUCAGGACGCGGUUGCCCUUUUGCCGGGACUCAGAACCGCCACCACCGCUCUGCCUCCUACGUGUUAGCCUCCUCUGCGCGCUCCGGGCAGGCGGCCGUGGGAGCCGUUGGGGCGAGGACGGCGCGCGGCUGCUACUGCUGCCCCCAGCCCGGGCGGCAGGAAGAGGAGAGGCCGAGCCAAGCGGUGGCCCCCCUUAUGCCGGGAGGAUGCUGGAGAGCAGCGGUUGCAAGGCACUAAAGGAGGGCGUACUGGAGAAGCGCAGCGACGGGUUGCUGCAGCUCUGGAAGAAAAAGUGCUGCAUCCUCACUGAGGAGGGGCUGCUACUUAUCCCGCCCAAGCAGCUGCAACACCAACAGCAACAGCAGCAGCAACAGCCCGGGCAGGGGACGGCUGAGCCGUCGCAACCCAGUGGCCCCGCUGUCGCCAGCCUUGAGCCCCCGGUCAAGCUCAAGGAAUUGCACUUUUCCAACAUGAAGACCGUAGACUGCGUGGAGCGCAAGGGCAAGUAUAUGUAUUUCACUGUGGUGAUGGCAGAGGGCAAGGAGAUUGACUUUCGGUGCCCGCAGGACCAAGGUUGGAACGCCGAGAUCACUCUGCAGAUGGUGCAGUACAAGAAUCGUCAGGCCAUCCUGGCGGUCAAGUCCACGCGGCAGAAGCAGCAGCACCUGGUCCAGCAGCAACCUCCGCAGCCGCAGAUUCAGCCCCAGCCUCAAUCCCAGCCCCAGCUCCAGCCCCAGCCCCAUCCCCAACCCCAACCUCAACCCCUACCCCAACCCCAACCCCAACUCCAACUCCAGUCUCAGCCCCAACCCAAGCCUCAGCAGCUUCAUCCAUACUCGCAUCCUCAUCAGCACCCACACCCGCACCCUCAUCCUCACCAACUACAACAUCCGCACCAACAAACGCACCCGCAACAGCACUCGCAACAGCACUCGCAGCCACUCGGCCACCGGCUUCUCCGCAGCACCUCCAACUCUGCCUGAAGGGGGCAGUACUUGGGCCAGACAAGGUUUUGAGGACUUGAGGAAGUGGGACAAGCAGAUUUCUAUUGUCUUCACUUGGAUCAAAAACAAAACAGUCUCCCCGCCCUGCACCAGACCAAGUAGUUUGGACAUCACCUGAUAACUUGCAGUUCCUCUUAGUUUUCUGCAUAUUCUUCAUCACAACGCAGGGAUCGAUUUUUAUUUAUGAACCUUUGAAAGGAUUUUCUAAUUUAGUGGACCGUCUAGAAGCUAUGAUGUACUGUAAUUUUAUUUUAAUGUAUUUUGGUUUAUGGUUAUUUAUUAGUUUUUUUAAAUACUUGCUCUAAGACAUUUCUGAAUGUAGGUCAUUUUCCCAAAAACCUAUUCCCUAGUAAGUUCUAAUCUUAGAAAAGAUAAAAAGGAUGGUGGAGAGGAAAACAUUAAGAAUACAGUCAAUAUUCCCAGGGCAUUUUCAGGAGGUCUGACACUUUCAUUGUUGAAAUUAAACUCUGAUAUUACUUUUUUUUUUGAGGUUUCUUCCUUAGACAUAUAGUAUAUGUAGAACAGAAUUUUUUAAAAAGCUAAGAGCUCAGAAUUGUGUAAUUAUGAAAAUCUAAUGAUCAAGAUAAUGCUUUCGGAAAUCAGUAGUAAUGACAUCUGAUUUCAAAAUAUCUAGAACAUAACCUAAUUGAUGGCAGAAUGGUCAUGUCUUAAAUAUGUGGUAGGGCUGGGUCCACUGUAGGAGCUUAUAUAAUCUGUGUGUGAAGGUUUAAUAAGGGUUCUUUUUGAGGGUUGGAGGGUGUACUCAGUGGUAGAGUGCCAGGCUCUGAGUUCAAUCUCCAGCACCAAAAAAGCAAAACAAAAACAGUCCUUUUAAUUGUGCUUUCUGAAUAUGAAUGCAUUAGAUGUUUCAGUUAGAAAAUGUAGUGUGGUUGGGCGGGUGUGUGGGGGGGGAUCAUUCAACUUGUUUAAAAGUAUUUGUGCUCCUGUCCAUACUGAAGUACCCUUCACCAAGAGCUUUGCACACUUGAAUUGAACCACAUUUUCUUAUCCUUUCAGUUUGUUCUACAAGCACACUAAGAAUCUCAUAGUUUAAAAUAUAGUUUGUAAAUAUA